CACAUCCCAGCUCAGGUGGUCCUGAGAAGCUGCCUGGUAGACAUUCACUGGCACAGAGGGCUGGAAAGUGCCCUCAACCCCAGAACCUGAGUCCUGUGAGGACAUCCACUCUGUGUGAGGCCAGGGAGUGCCUAGCAGAUGUGGGUGGCAGGGGGUGUCAGCAUGGGUGGGGGUCCCUGCCAAGGCAGGCAGCUGAGCUGGCCCUACCUCAGAGCGCAGGGGCCCAAAGCUUGGUCUUCUUAGGGCCCCACUCUGGACCAAUGAACCCAUGGGGCACCCUGACACCACCUUGCCUGCUCAUCCUUAGCUCCUGCCCUUGCCCUGCAGGGCUCUGCAGCCUCCCCUGUGCCUGUGUGUCUCGGCUCACUAGACCCUGGACUUGCGGUCCCUCAGCCACACUCCAAUCCCCUUAUUCUGUCCUGCUACUCGGCCUGGUGCUGCUCAGCUCCUCCCUGCCUGUCUAGGGCCCAGCACCAUGUGCCCUGACCUCACAUUUGUCCCUCUGUCCAGGUCCCCUGCUCACCUGUGUUUUAGUCCGUCUUCAUCUGCUGACCGCACUGUGGAUUUUAAAAAUACAAACAUGCAUGCACGUGGUUAAGAACUCGCUGAUGUCAGGCAGCUGGAAUGAGAGUACUGCCCGCUGCCUUCUCUCUUGUAGCUCUCGGACACUGCAGGGGAAGCUUCUUGUUUUUUUCCCACAUCUUAUUUAGAAAUAAUUAUAGAUUUCACAGGAAGUUGCAAAAAAAAGAAAAAAACACCUGUUGGAGGAGCUGGCACAGACCUGUCCCCGGUUCCCUGAUUGCACAUGCAGGGCACGUGUGGGGUGUCUGGAUUUGCUUGUCUUGCUGUGUGCCUGUGUGCACCCACAGGUAUAACGCUGCGAUUUUAUCCCGUGUGGAUACCUGUGGCCAUGAUCAGGCCCACAUGGCUUCCCGCUCCUGCCUCUGCAUGGGCACCCCCGACACCCGGAAACUUGUUCUCCAGCUGUAGAAUUGUGUCAUCUCAGGAGUGUAUAGACGUAUGCACCGGCCUUAGGCUUUGCCCUCCGUUCCCUCAUCAUAGCGCCCUCACAUCCGCCCACAUCUGUCCAUCUCCUGCUCCGUGUUCUUGCUGAGAGGUCCCCCGUGGUGUGGUGACACCUUGAUUCUCCCUCUGUGGGCUUUCGCUGCAGGUUUUUUGUGAGCCGCCGUCUCCGUUCCUCAGUGAUCCAGGCCCAGGAGUGAGGGGCCAGGCCUCAGGGGAGUUGCUUGUUUGGUGUUGUGAGGCCCUGCACCCUGUCUUCCAGAGGGGCGCCCAUUCUGCCUCCCCACCAGCAGCGUGCCAGUGACCUGGUUUCUCCUCGUGCUGGCCAACGGCUCCGGGAGCACUUGGAGGAGAUGUCUGGCUUCCUUCUGGAGUGUGACAGCUCCGUGCAGGGCGCGCUGCAGAAGCACCUGGCGCUGUACAGGAUCCGACGGAAGGUCACGGUGGAGCAGCACCCGGAUCUGCGAGUGUGGGCGGUGUUACCCCGUUCCCCUGAGGCCUUCGGGGCUGCACCACUGCAGGAGAGGGCAGGGACUGAUGCCAUCCUCAUCCGCGACCCGCGAACACCAAGCAUGGGGUGGCGGCUCCUCACACAGAAUGAAGGCCCAGCCCUGGUUCCCGGGGGCCGGCUCGGGGACCUGUGGGAUUAUCACCAGCACCGGUACCUGCAAGGCGUUCCUGAGGGGGUCCGAGACUUGCCUCCAGGGGUGGCUCUGCCUCUGGAGUCCAACCUGGCCUUCAUGAACGGCGUGAGUUUCACCAAAGGCUGCUAUAUCGGCCAGGAGCUGACGGCCCGCACCCACCACAUGGGCAUCAUCCGCAAGCGCCUCUUCCCUGUUCGGCUCUUGGACCCCCUUCCCACCAGUGGUAUCAGCCCCGGUGCAGAGGUGCUAACUGAGUCAGGACAGACUGUGGGCAAAUACAGGGCUGGCCAGGGCAACGUGGGGCUGGCCCUGCUGCGCUCAGAGAAGAUCAAGGGUCCUCUGCACAUCAGAGCCUCCAAGGGCGCUCAGGUGGCCUUAGCUGCAUCUGUGCCAGACUGGUGGCCCACGGUCUCCAAGUAGCCCGAAGCCUUGGCUGGCACUGGCUGGUGGGGAGGCUGGGGGCUGGGGGCUGGGGCCUGGGGCCUCUGUCUGGGGUCUUCCCGUCCCAUCUGUCUGCUGUGCCUGCUGGGCGGGAUCCUGCUUCCCACCUGGGAGAGUCCCCCUUGGUGGCGCCCUGCCUGGCCCCGCCCAUGCUCAGGGGCCCCAUCUUGUGGGUUGUUUUCUCCCUGAGCAUCCUGUAGCCCCAGAGGAGAGAAGUGGCCAGAGGAGCCCACCAAGUGGGUGUUAAGCCCCACGGGGCGCUGGGCCCCAGUCGUAGCUCCACACAGGGUUGUCUGAGAGGAUGGGGCGGCGUCUCUGGCCAGCCCUGGCAGCCUCCGGGCCUUGCACCCCACUCUGCCCGGCAUGAGCCUCGGGAGUUGGUUUCUGUGCCUGGAAGCUGGGUGCUGUCCAGGGUCUGCGCACUGGGGCUGGGGCUUUGGAGUUGCCUAACUGUGCUUGCUUGCAGGGUGCCUCAGGGUGGGUUGUGUGUGGUCCAGAGGGGUCUGGGGCAUUGGAUCAGGUGGCAUAUAGGCGUCUGUACAUGGAGGAGCACGUGCUGCACACCUGAGCCAGGUACACCUCUGUACCGGGGCACCAGGGCUGAGCCUUCAGGUAUCCCAUGCGGAAGGCUGUGCCCGCAGCCCCUGUUUCUCCACUUCCACCCCUCCUCAGAGCCCUCUAGGAGUGUGGAGUGGGGCCGGCGCAGGGCUUGGGAGCUAGCAGGGCGGAGUUAGUGCGACCAGUGUGUGCUGGGUUUCUGCAUAGCCUGUGUUUGCAGUGAGAGUGACUUGCUGUCAGCCAUGGGGCAUGGCCUCCACUUCACCCACUGGGUUCCCUCUUCCCAUUGAAGUGUGAGCUCCAUGUUUCAGGGCAUCCAUUAAAGAGUGAGCCACCGGUAGCCUGCUAAGAGCUCUAGUCUUAUUUGGGGGAGAGGGAGGCUAGGGCUUAGUUUCUGGGAUCUGGCUGACUGGACCCUGGAAUAACUCUCCUUGAGAACAUGCAGACACACCAGAUGAAGUACGGGCGUGGCUGCAGGCCAGCAGGGGGGGCCUCAGAGGCCCAGACUGGGUGUGUGGUGCCACGUCUGCAGAGCGCAGCCAUGUGGCUGCAGGGCGCGGGGCCUGGGGCAGGCAUUUGGGUCUUCACGCUUGACCUUGGGUGGCCACGAGGGACAAGCAGGCAGGGAGCCUGUGUGGCCAUCCUGGUGCUGGGGGACCACAGGCCCUCUCUAAAAACCUGCAGCUCCAGCGCUUUCGGGGCCAGGGCCUGGGGUCUAAAGGCAGCUCUGAGCUGCAUUGUAGCUUGUAUCACCCAGGAGGACGCAUGGGAGGAGGUGGCUGCAGCUAGAGGGGAGAGGAGGGCCGUCCAGCCCCAGCCCUGCCAUCGGCUCUUCCAUGGGCAAGGAAACAGCUAGGUGGCCCUUACCUCUGGGGUCCAGAGAGCCAGUGGCCUUCAGCCCCUCUUGGACAGGUCACACUCAGCACAGGAUGGAUUCCAGACCAGCAUCCCUGCCCCCUUCCAGCCCCACUGGCUGCUGCUUUAAACUGGCAUGGAGACAGUUGAGUGGCUUCCCAGCCAGUUCUCUCUCCAGCUCAGCCAGGGGUGGGUGUCUGUGGCCUGUGUCACCAAGAGCUGUUGUCUCCUGCCUGGGGGGCGUGGACCCUGGAAUGAGGGUCUGUGCCUUGAACUCAAAGUGCCCCAGCUCCCGCACCUGCCCAAGGUUGCCUGGUGUUUCCAGCAGGGCCUCCUUGAGUGCGGCAACCUCUGGGAGCAUCCUAGCCUUGGACUCGGCAAAUGGUCCCACAGGUGUGGCCGGGUGAAGGCCGGGAGGUGAGCCAGGAAGGAAGGGCUCCCCUCUAGAGCGAGACGCCACUUGAGCGGUCCUGUGACCCUCAGUGUCUUCAGGUCUCUGCAGGUGUCAGGAUAUCAAAAUACUUGGUUCAGUUCAAACACACACAUCCCAUGUUCUGUGUCUUUUCUUUUUUUGAGAUGGAGGACCCAGGCUGGAGUGCAGUGGUGUGAUCUCGGUUCACUGCAGCCUCCAUCUCCUGGGUUCCAAUGAUUCUCCCGCCUCAGCCUCCCAGGUAGCUGGGACUACAGGCACCCCCCAUCAUGCCAGGCUAAUUUCUGUAUUUUUAGUAGAGAUGGGGUUUCACCAUGUUGGGCAGGCUGGUCUCAAACUCCUGACCUUGUGAUCCGCCCGCCUUGGCCACCCAGAGUGCUGGGAUGACAGAUGUGAGCCACCAUGCCUCCUCUCUUCUGUGUCUUUAAAAAGGAAAGUGUCAGGCACCAAAAGAUCUCCUCUGUCGUACAAACCAAAUCAGGUUUCACCAGAAUGUCCUUAGUCCUCUCAGAAAGGCCUGGCCUCGAGGACUUGGAAGCAGGCCCUGAAGCGCAUCAGCAGGGUUGGGCUUUGCGUUCAGGAGCACUGGGACCUGCUGAGAGCUCGUGCGGCUGCUCCUAAACUGUGCGCUGCUCUUCCGUCUGCUGUAGUUUUGUAAAAACAUAGCAAGUUCCUCUGUGUGUGUAUGAUUGCCUGUGUGUGUGAUUGCCUGUGUGUGUGUGAUUGUGAUUGCAUGUGUGUGAAUGUGAUUGCGUGUGUGUAUGUGAUUGCCUGUAUGUGAGUGUGUGAUUGCCUGUGUGUAUGUGACUACCUGUGUGUGUGUGAUUGCAUGUGUGUGAGAAUGUAUGUGUGUGAUUGCCUGUGUGGUUGUGUAUGUGUAAUUGCAUGUGUGUAUGUGAUUGUUUGUGUGAUUGCAUGUCUGUGUGUGUGAUUGCCUGUGUGUGUGUGAUUGCUUGUGUGUGUGAUUGCCUGUGCGUGUGUGAUUGCCUGUGUGUGUGAUUGCAUGUAAGAGUGUGUGUGAUUGCCUGUGUGAUUGUGUGAUUGCAUGUGUGUAUGUGAUUGCCUGUGUGUGUGAUUGCAUGUCUGUGCGUGUGUGUGAUUGCCAGUGUGUGUGUGAUUGUAUGUGAUUGCCUGUGUGUGUGUGAUUGCAUGUGUGUGUGUGUGUGUGUGUGUGUGAGAAUUGGUGGUGUGAGGUGCAGCUGUGUUCUAUGGGUGUGGUGUAUGGUGGUGAGGUCUGGGCUUCUCACCCUCACCCCCCCCACCGCCGCCUCCACUCUUCAGAAUCCCCCACGUCUGCACUCCACUCUCUGAGCCCACGUUGCCUGUUGUGCAGCUGCUGUUUAUGAGGCAGGGCGUGCAGUGUGCGGCGCUGUUUCUGAACUGUUUUUCUUUAACACAGUGUAUGGUGCUUACAUUUUCCUUUUAAAGCCAGAUGUAGGCAGGUGUGGUGGCUCACACCUGUGAUCCCAGCACUUUGGGAGGCUGAGGCCAGAGGAUUGCUUGAGCCCAGGAGUUUGAGAGCAGCCUGGGCAACAUAUCAAGACUCUGUCUCUUAAAAAAAAAAAUUAGCCAGGCGUAGUGGUGCCUGUGGUCUGAGGUACUUGGGAGGCUGAAGUGCAAGGAUCACUUGAGCCCAGGAAGUGGAGGCUGCAGUGAACCAUGAUUGUGCCACUGUACUCCAGCCUGGGCAAUCGAGCAAGACCCUGUCUCAAAACAAAGAAUUAAAAAAAAGAGAAGUUGCAGUUGGUAGUAUUUCCUGGAGCAUGGCAGACACAGUGUAGAAAUGUCUGUUUGACCUCCAAAUUGGGAGCUGUUUGAAGAAAUGACUCCAAAGUUCAGUACAGAAAGACCUCAGAUAGAAGACAUCCCGAGAAGUGUAUGUUCACUGUAAAAUCAUCUUCCAGUCCCAAGGAGCAAGCUCCCUGUUCUGUGUUCUUGUAUGAGACGAUCGGUCAAGUGUAGCCCGAGAGGACAGGCAGGAGCCCUGGAGAGCCUCGGCCAGACCUUCCCUGGGGCUUCCCCAGGAAAGGUGAGGCAGGGUGGCUGUUCAGCUGGCCAGCUGGAGUGAUUUCCAUGGGCUCCAAGCUGUAGGAGUGGUCCCUGGCUGCCUGAGUGCUUUGGCCAGAUAGAGGUGGGCUGUGGACUGGUGAGGUUGCAUUGCAGAGGUGUGCACCCAGCUGGGCCCUUAUCUCUAAGGACUGGCUGGCCUGGAGGGGCAGUCUCCCAGCCAGAAGAGUUUUUUUUUUUUUUUUUUAAUGAGACAUAAAACAGCACAGAAGGUUUUUUUUUUUAAAUAUGUCAAAACAUCCUAAGGUACAGGAAAUAAAUUGUAAACACACACACACACACACACACACACACACUCUACCAUAAGCAAGGCCCAGCAAAAAGACAGAAGCAAACACAUCAGUGUUCUGAUCCUAGAGUAAGCAGACACAUCACACGGAAUGGGGAUGGUUAAUAUGUUUAAAGAAAACAAGGAAUUUAUGUGCAGGAAACGAGAGACUAUAAAAAUGACCAAGCAGAUUUUGAAAAGAGAACUUGUUGAAAUAAAAAUGGAAUUUCCUAAAAAAUAAUCCAUGAUGUCUUUCCUGAAGAAUCAGGAGCUAUUUGAAGAAAAUGACCCCAAAGAGCAACACAGAAAGAGCUAGAAAAGAUGAGACGGGACGGGGACAAGAAGACAGUUUAGUAUAGCAUCCGCAGUUUAUGGUAAUUCCAGAAGGAGGGGAGAGAGAAUAUGGCAAGUAUUCAGAGAUAUAUGGCUGAGAACUUUUCCGAAGCUAUGGGAGCCCCUGCUCCCUAGAUUCAGGAACCCAGCGGCUCUCAGGCAGCAUAGUCAGAAAGCUGUACUCAGUCACAUCUUGGUGAAAAUGCAGAAGCCGGUGACAGAGAUCUUGAAGGUUGGCAGGAAAGAAAAAGAUUAAGUGGUUUAUUAAAAGCAACAGUGGAAGCCAGAAAGAAAGUAAAUAAUAUCUUCAAAGUCCUGGGGGACGUAGUGAUAGCUAGAAUUGUGUACCCAGAAAAUCUAUCAAUAAUGAAGGGCUGGGCACAGGGGCUCACGCCUAUAUUCCCAGCACUUUGGGAGGCUGAGGCAAGUAGAUCACCUGAGGUCAGGUGUUCAAGACCAGCCUGACCAACAUGGCAAAACCCCAUGUCUACUAAAAAUAGAAAGAUUAGCUGGGCAUGGUGGCACAUGCCUGUAAUCCCAGUUAUUCAGGAAGCUGACGCAGGAGAAUCCCUUGAACCCAGGAGGCGGACGUUGCAGUGAGCCGAGAUCUCACCAUUGCACUCUAAUCUGGGCGAGAGUGAGACUCUAUCUCAAAAAAAAAAAAGAAAAAAGCCCAGGCACAAUGGCUUACGCCUGUAAUCCCAGCACUUGGGAAGCCGAGGCUGGCAGAUUUCCUGAGCUCACGAGUCUGAGACCAGCCUGGGCAAUACGGUGAAACCCCGUCUCUACUAAAAUACAAAAAGUUAGCUGGGCAUGGCAGCGUGCACCUGCAGUCACAGCUACUCAGGAGGCUGAGACAGGAGAAUUGCAAGAACCUGGGAGGCGGAGGUUGCAGUGAGCUGAGAUGACACCACUGCACUCCAGCCUGGGCGACAGAGCGAGACUCCAUCUCAAAAAGAGGGCUGAAGGCAUUUUCAGACCAGGAAACCCCCCCAGAGUUUGCUGCCACUAGAGCCCAGAGCGUCUAAGGCAUGUCUGGGCAGAAGGAAAGGGAACCUGUGGGUUAGCUGGAGGUGAAAGAAGGAAUGAAUAGGUAGGAAGGUGGAUUUGUGGGCAUGUCUAAAACACCACAUCUAGAAGCUCCUACUUAGAAUGCGUAAUUUUGGAGUUUAUAAAAUGAUGCCACAUGUGAGUUGGGUGAGAGGUGCCCAAAUCUACAGGGUUCGAAGAUCCCUCUUCUGGCUAGAAGGAGGGCUGGACACUGGCUUCAGCACCGUUACUAGGCUUGUCAACAUUUUCAGAUAAUCUCUAAAAGAAUGGAAAUACAUCCUCCAGGCCGGGCGCAGGAGGCAGAGAUUGCAGUGAGCCCAGAUCGCGCCAUUGCACUCCAGCCUGGUGACAGAGCGAGACUCCAUCUCAAAAAAAAAAAAAAGAAAAGAUGAUACUUAUACUCAAUGGAUGUAGACUACAUUAUUCAUCCAUGAAAGAGAAUGAAAUCGUGUCACUAGCAGCAACAUGAAUGGAACUGGAGGUCUUUAAGUUGAGUGAAAUAAGCCAGGCACAGAAAGAGCUUUGCAUGUUCUCACUUUCACGUGGGAGCUGAAGCAGUGGACCUCGUGGAGAUGGAGAGGACGGGUGGGUCCUAGAGGCCCGGGAGGGUGGGACGUGGAGACAAGACAGGUUGAUGAAUGGGUACAAACAUAUGGUUUGACGGGAUAAGACCUGUUUCGGGGGCAGUAGGGUGACUAGUUUACAGUAAGCAGUUCCAUGUUUUCAAACAGCUAGAAGAGAGUAAUUCAGAUGUUUCUAGUGUAAAGGCAAAUGGUGAAGGUGAUGAAGACACCCCAGGUAUACUGAUUUGAUCUCUAUAACUUGUAUGGAGAUACUGAAUUAUCACAUGUACCCCAAAACUAUGCAUCAACUGGAAAAAAAAGUAUCACAGGCUUAAAUGGAAAACAUAAAACUACAAAACCUUAGAAAAAAUAGAAGAGGCUGGACAUGGUAGGUCACACCUGUAAUCCCAGCACUUUGGGAGGCUGAGGUGGGUGGUUCCCUUGAGGCCAGGAGUUUGAGACAAGCCUGGGCAACAUAGUAAGAGCCCAUCACUACAAAAAUAAAUAAAUAAACUAAUUUAUUUAUUUAGAUUCCUCUGGGUAUCUAUGUGGAAGUGGAAUGGCUGGAUUAUGUGGGAGUGCUGUGAGUUGGUUUUUGAGGAACCUCCACACUGUGGUGAUGGCUGCAGCAUUUUACAUUCCCAGCAGCCAUGUGCAAGCGCUCCCGUUCCUCCACAUCCUUGCCAACACUUGUUAUUUUCUGCUUUUGGAUAGUCGUCAUUCUAAUGGAUAUGAGGUAAUUUCUUGUUUAUUUUAUUUUAAUUUUUUUUGAGCCUGGGUGUCACCCCGUCACCCCGGCUGGAGUGCAACCUCUGCCUCCCAGGUUUGAACAGUUCUCCUGCCUUGGUCCCCCGAGUAGCUGAGACUACAGGUGCGUGCCACGUUGCCCGGCAAAUUUUGCAUUUUUAGUAGAGAUGGGGUUUCACCUUGUGGCCAGGCUGGUCUGAAACUCCUAAGCUCAAGCGAUCCACCUGCCUCCCUAAGUGUUGGGAUUACAGGCGUGAGCCACUGCGCCUGGCCUGGUACAAGGUGAUUUCUCGUGGUUUCGGUUUGCAUUUCUCUGGUAUGUGGAAGUGGAAUGGCUGGAUUACGCGGGAGUGCUCGUGUGCUUUUUGGUUGUGUGUCUUCUCUGGAGAAGUGUUGAUUUGAGUCCUUCACCUGUUUUAAGGUCAGAUUGUUUGUCACUGUUGAUUCAUUCAUCAGGUGCCUGGGCUGCCCCCAUCUCAGGCCCGCUGUGAGUGGUGCUGUUCACAUCCCCUGCAUGGAAAAGCAGGUAACUUGGUUUUCAAGCAGUCACUGACAGUGACGCAGCCGGCCCUCCUCACAGCGCCCCAGCAUACCUGAGGCCAAACCCAACCAGCCUAGGAAGGACCUUGGGGUGGGGGCCCAUGGGGUGCUAGGUCUGCAGUCCCCCACUGGGGAAGGGUGGGGGCACUGUUCAGAAACUAGCCCUAGAAAAUGGUACUUUAAAAAAAAUUUUAGAGACAGGGUCUCGCUAUGUUGCCCAGGCUGGAGUGCAGUGGCUAUUCACAGGCGCGGUCCCACUGCUGAUCAGCACGGGAGUUUUGACCUGCUCCAUUUCUGACCUGGGCCCGUUCACCCCUCCUUAGGCAACCGGAUGGUCCUCUGCUCCCGGGAGGUCACCAUGUUGAUGCUGAACUUAGUGGGGACACCCGAUCGGCAUAGCUCAUCAUAACCCAGAACUCCUGGGCUCAAGUGAUCCUCCCACCUCAGCCUCCCAAGUAGCUGGGACUACAGGCACGCAGCACCAUGCCCGGUGAAAAUGACACUUCCUGCAGACCCCAAUAAGCAUUCUACUGCAGAGAAUGGAGGGAUGUGUGGGCCAGGUGGGCUGUCCCACUGCGAGGGGAUCCCAAGUGGUGAGGGUCUGGGGACACACAGCCUGCGCCCCGGCGCCAGGUGGGCGGGUCAGCAGGGGCGUUUCUUGGAUUUAAUGUCCUGACUGGGAGUGGGUUGAGCCCCCUCUGUGUAUCGGCCACGCCUGUCCCUUUCUGUCGCAGGCCUUUCCAAGCCCCUUGUCCUUCUCGCCGGUUUUGUAGGAGUUACCUGCGUGCCCUUGUCUGUUCUAUGCAUUGCUUGUCUCUUUCUUUCACGGUGUCUUUUGGGACAGGCUUUCUUAAUUCCAAUGCAGUGGACUUUAUUUUUCUUAUGGUUUGUGCUUUUUGUGCCUUGCCUACCCUGACUUCAUGCAGCUAUGAUCUAACUUCUAAGACUUCUGUAGUCACACCUUUCUAUUGAUGAAUGAAUGAAUGAGAGGGUAUCGUUCCGUCACCCAGGUUUGAGUGCAGUGGCCCAGCCUCGAAUUCCUGGGCUCAAGCAAUUCUCCCACCUCAGCCACCCAAGUAGCUGGGACCACAGGCGUUGUGCCACCACACCUGGCUAAUUUUUGUAGAGACGGGGGUUCACCUUGUUGUCCAGGUGGGUCUUGACCUGGGCACAAGCAAUCUGCUUGCCUCUGCCUCCCAGAGAGCUGGGGUUCCAGAUGUGAGCACCGCACCUGGCCCGGACCUUUCUUCUGUAGAUUCUUUUUUUCAAGAUGGAGUCUCACACUGUCACCUGGGUUGGAGUGCAAUGGCACGAUACUGGCUUACUGCAACCUCCACCUCCCAGGUUUGCGCAGUUCUCCUACCUCAGCCUCCCAAGUAGCUGGGAUUACAGACGCGUACCACCACACCCGGCUAAUUUUUUGUAUUUUUAGUAGAGAUGGUGUUUGACCAUGUUGACCAGACUGGUCUUGAACUCCUGAUCUCGUGAUCCGCCCGCCUCGGCCUCCCAAAGUGCUGGGACUGCAGGCGUGAGCCACUGCACCCGGCCUCUGUAGAAUUUUAAUAUACUUGGGGUCGAUGUGCACAUAUGAUGUGAGGUGGGAAUGAACAUCUCUGGUUGACAUAACUAGUUGUCCUAACAACAUUCACUGAAAGUCCGUCUUUCCCCACUGACCCCGGGUGCCGGUGUGGUCAGACUCCAUGCACUCACCUGUGUGAGUCUGUUUCUGGACUGCUCAUUCUGCUGCCCCUGGUCUGUUUGAUGUCUUACCUACUGUACUGUGAGCAUCUUUCUGAGUAACUGGCAUGGCGCCGUCACAAGCUAAGGCAAGCUAAGGUCUUCUUCAGGUAGCAUCUUGGCUGCUUUGGCCGUCACUUACCUGUGAGAGUUUUAGAGUCAGACUUUUUACAGUCUGCACACAUACUCAUGCAUACACACAGUAGCUUUUGGGUCAGCAUUGCAUUCAUUGUGUAGGUCAAGUUGGGGAGAACUGGUAUCUUUGUGUUACUGAGUUUUCAAGCCCCCAAAACAUUGCACAUUUCUCUGCUUAUUUAUGCCGACUUUAAUUCUGCAAAAUCUGUAUAAUUUUUCUGAAGUCCGUAUAUAUCUUUUCUGAAAUUUAGUCAUUUAAAAUAAUGUUAAUACUGUAGCAAAAGACAUCCUUGUGAAAUGGCAUCUAUCUAAUUUUUAUGUUACUGAUGUUUAGAAAUAAAUUUGCUAAAUUUUAAAUGUUCUUAAUAAUUAUUUUCUGUAUAGAUAGGUUGGGGCUUUUACUGUAGGCAAUCAUGAUCUCAAAUUAAUGACGCUUUUAUUUGUGUCUGGUAAUCCAUAAACGUUUACUUUUUCCCCAUUCCUUUCUCUGAUGGGUCAAGUUAAACAGAGGUGCUGGUGCCUCAUUCGGCUCUUGAUCUGAAAGGAAAUUUCAUUAUUGUUUUACCACUUGGUCUGGAGGUUGCUGACAUUUCUUGGUAGGUGCUCUUUCUGAGGUUGAGAAAGUUCUUAUAACUGGAAAUCCUAGUUUACUAAGAUAUUUUUUUGUGUAAAAUCACAAAUGGUUGUUGAAGUUUAUCAAUUUGGGGUGUAGGAAUUCAAGUGAAGAUGUUUUUAAAGGAACCUGUCCAUAUCACCCGUUUUCAAGUUUCAACGUGUGCUCCACUAAAUCUCACGUUGAAGUGGCGUCCCCAGUGUUGGAGGCAGGUCUGGUACACGGUGUUUGGAUCAUGAGGGCAAAUCUCUUUAACACCUAGCUUUCAUCCUCUGAACUCGGGUCCUGCAUCCUUGAGACAACCCCACACUCAAGAUGGAGUGAGAGUGACAGAGGCAAACAACACUUCAACAUUACCAUGGAAACCACUGAGACUCAGGGGUCACAAGAGGGCCCUAGGGACCCACAGGCUGCUGGGACCAUACUUCGAGAACCACAGGUCUGCGGCUCUGAUCAGCUGCUUAUACUUGGGCUCUGUUUCAGAUUUCAUUUUAAGGUGGGAUUCAGGAGCCAGGCUGAAAAUUUCAGGAUGAAGGAGGAGGCCUGAGCCCCAGGCCUGCUGCUUGGUGAGUGUUUGAGGCUGCUCCUGUCCUCAACCGAGUUGGGACCUGUUUUUUUUUAAAAUACAAAUGGCAUGCGUACUUGUUGAGUAAAAUUUAACACUACAGAAGCACAUGGAGUAGAGCCUGUCUGUUUCCCAUUUCCUUGAAGGUCACCAUGUUAAGCAGUCUGUGCUCGCCUCCAGAUGCAUCUGCGCGCUCAGACACAGCUGUCUCUGUCCCAGAUGCAUCUGCGCGUGCACACACAGGUGUCUGUCCCAGAUGCAUCUACGUACGCGGACACAGCUCUCUCUGUCCCAGAUGCAUCUGCGCGUGCACACAGGUGUCUGUCCCAGAUGCAUCUGCGUGCACGGACACAGCUCUCUCUGUCCCAGAUGCAUCUGCACGUGCACACAGGUGUCUGUCCCAGAUGCAUCUGCGUGCACGGACACAGCUCUCUCUGUCCCAGAUGCAUCUGCACGCGCGCACGCAGCCAUGUCUGUCCCAGAUGCAUCUGUGCGCACGGACACAGCCGUCUCUGUCCCAGAUGCAUCUACGUGUGCAGACACAGCUCUCUCUAUCACACAGUUACAUCCACACACACCACCUUCACCUGGCCCCUUUCCCAGCUUUGCUGGGGUUUCACCCUUGAUGUUCUGCAGCUUGCCUUUCCAUGCUGGGUACAGGUGUCAUGAUGGUGAAUUUAUGUGUCGACUUCACUGGGCUUCAGGGUGCUCAAGCAUUGAGCCAGGCGUCAUUUCUGGUGUAUCUGUUAGGAUGUUUCUGGAAGAAAUUGGCACUUGAAUCAGUGAAUGAGUAAAGCAGAUUGCCUUUCCAAAGAUGGGUGGGCCUUGUCCAAUCAGUUGAAGACCUGAAUAGAACAGAAAGGCUGAGUGAGAGGGAACUCCUCCUGCCUGAAUGUUUUGAGUUGGGACAUUGGUCUUUUCCUACCUUUGGACACAAACUAAGACCUUGGCUCUUGCUGGGUCUUGAGCCUGCUGGCUUUGGGGCCAGAAUGGUACUGUGGGCUCUUCUGCUGACCACAGACCUUAGAACUUCUCAGCCUUCUUAGUCGUGUGAGCCAGUUCCAUUAAUCACUCAGUCUAUCUAGCUAUCGGUCUGUCAUCCAUCUAUCAAUAUCUCUCAGUCAUCCAUCUGUAUCCAUCCAUGUAUCCAACCUAUCUAGAUCCAUCUAUCAAUCUUCUGUACCUACCUAUCAUCAUCUAUCAUAUUCAUCCAUCUGUCCAUCUAUCCGUUCAUUCAUCCAUCCAUCCAUCCGUCUAUCUCAUGUAUCAUGUAUCUUACUGGUUUAUACAGGACCAAUGAGAGAUACUAUAUCCAUCUGCUGUUGUUCCGUUUCUCUGGAGAAUCUGGACUAACACAAGUGUCAUCCCCGAUGACUGCAUGAGGGUCCGCCGUAUUUUCUUCUGCGAUUGCUCCCAGCUUUGGCAGACCCGUCCUGUGAUUCAUUUGAUUCUUCCCUUGGUGACUGAGUUUGCUGCCAGUGUUUUGCCACCAUCAGGUGUCUUGAAUAUUCUUUUUUUAAAAAAAAAAUUUUUAUUUUGUAGAGACAGUCUCCCCAUGUUGUCCAGGGUGGUCUGGAACUCCUGGCCUUAAGCAAUCCUCCCGCCUCAGACCCCCACAGUGCUGGGAUUACACCCAUGAGCCACUGUGCCUGGCCCUGAAUAUUCUUGUGUCUGUAUCAUAGUGUGUGCGCAGGAAUGUCUGUAAGUCACCUGUGUGGCAGACGUCUUUUUCGACAUUUGUUUUUGGUGUCUUUUGUUGGAUAGUCAUUUUAUAUUUUAAUGUAAUUAAAUUUAUUUUUUUCCUUAUUUGGGGUGUGUGCUUCUUUGGUGUGUCUUGUUGAAGCAAUAUUUGCUUGAAAAUGUUCUCAAGUUUAUUCUUAAAGGAUUUGUUGGCUGGGUGUGGUGGCUCAAGCCUGUAAUCCCAGCACUUUGGGAAGCCAAGGCAGGUGGAUCACGAGGUCAAGAGAUCGAGACCAUCCUGGUCAACAUGGUGAAACCCCGUCUCUACUAAAAAUACAAAAAAUUAGCUGGGCAUGGUGGCACGUGCCUGUAAUCCCAGCUACUCGGGAGGCUGAGGCAGGAGAAUUGCCUGAACCCAGGAGGCGGAGGUUGCGGUGAGCCGAAAUCAUGCCAUUGUAUUCCAGCCUGGGUAACAGCAGCGAAACUCGGUCUCAAAAAAAAAAAAAGAGUAUUUGUUUCACUUUUUUCUUGAAUUUUAAAAUUUAUCUCAGCUUUUUAAAAAGAAAUUCCAUUCCCUACUCCACCACAGACCCUGGCAGCCAGCAGCCUACUCUUCUGUCUUUGUGGAUCUACGUAUUCUGGGUAUUUCACAUACGUGGAGCCACACGACAGGUAGCCAUUUGUGCCCGGCUUGUCUGACUGAGCUACGUAUUCUGGGUAUUUCACAUACGUGGAGCCACACGACAGGUAGCCAUUUGUGCCCGGCUUCUCUGACUGAGCUACUUAUUCUGGGUAUUUCACAUACGUGGAGCCACACGACAGGUAGCCAUUUGUGCCCGGCUUGUCUGACUGAGCUACGUAUUCUGGGUAUUUCACAUACGUGGAGCCACACGACAGGUAGCCAUUUGUGUCCGGCUUGUCUGACUGAGCUACGUAUUCUGGGUAUUUCACAUACGUGGAGCCACAAGACAGGUAGCCAUUUGUGCCCGGCUUGUCUGACUGAGCACAGCAUUUUCAGGGUUUGUCCUUCUGCAGUGUGGAUCCAGACUUCGUUUCCUUAUGUGGCGAAUGUUCCAUUGCUUGCCUACCCCAUAUCUUGUUUAUCCAUUUGUCUGUUGAUAGACAUUUGGGCUGUUUAUCCAUUUGUCUGUUGAUAGACAUUUGGGCUGUUUUCAUCUGUUGACUCUUGUAAGCCAUGCUGCUGUGGUGGACGUGCACGUGUAAAUUUUUAUAUUUCGAUUCUCUUGGGUAUGUAUCGAGCAGUGGAAGUCAUGGAUCAGAUGGCAGCUCCACAUUUCAUCAGCUUGAGUUCUGUGUAUGGCAUUGUAUUUAUUUCCUAGGUCUGUUGUGAUAAAUAACCACAAAUUGAAUGGCUUAAAACAGGAGACUUUAUUCUCCCAUAGAGGUCCCAAAUCAAGGUGUGGGCAGGGCGUGGUCCCGCCAGAGGCUCCAGGGGAUGAUCCCUAAGUUGCCCCUUGCUACUCUCCAUGGCUCCAGGUGCUCCUGUGCCUGUGGUCAAUCCCUCCAGCCUCUGUUCUGUCCACAUGCGGCCACUCUCUCCUGUAUGUCUCCACAUUGUCUCCUCUCUGUGCUUGUCUGUCUCUGUGACUACUUUUCUCCUUCUCAGGAGGAUAGCAGUUGUUGGAUGAGGGUGAGGCCCUCCUGAGGACUGCAUCUUAACUCGAUUGCACCUGCAAAUCCUGGGCCCUCAGUCAGGUCCCAUCCAUGGGUUCUGGGAAUGAGGAGUUCAACAGAUCUUUUCAGGAGGACACCACUCAACCCAUAAUAAGUGUGAAGUAGCACUCCAGUUUUCUUUCUUUCUCUUUUUUUUUUUUUUGAGAUGGAGUUUCACUCCUUUUCAGGCUGGAGUGCAAUGGUGCGAUCUCAGCUCACCAAAACCUCUGCCUCCCAGGUUCAAGCGAUUCUCCUGCCUCAGCUGCCCAAGUAGCUGGUAUUACAGGCAUGCACCACCACAUCCAGCUGAUUUUGUAUUUUUGGUAGAGACAGGGCUUCUCCAUGUUGGUCAGUCUGGUCUCAAACUCCUGACCUCAGGUGAUCCACCCACCUCAGCCUCCCAAAGUGCUGGGAGUACAGGUGUGAGCCACUGCACCUGCCUUUAUUUCAUUUUAGAAGAAAUAAAAGAUAGCUGGUUAUUCAGAACAUUCUUCGCACGCCUCCACAGGGUCACCUUGGUAUUUGAAUGUGUGAGGGCCAGUUUCCAGGCUGUCUUUACUUUCGUUGGCCUGUUUUUCUAACCCUGAGCGACUAUCUUAAUUACUACAGCUUCCCGGGUAAACUGUUAGCACAUUUGAGAGUCAAUGCUUAGAGAGUCAAGACUGUUUCUUGCUGGGACCGCUUUCUCUGCACACUGUCCUCAAUGGCCCUGUUCUCUGGACUCUUCUAGAUGUGCUAGCCCUGGCGCUGGCUGUUGAAGUGCCAGCAGUGGCCACAUGAGGCCCUGGACAGCAUAGUGGUGUGCCCUACAAGUGACUCUGUCCAGGGCAUCUCCCAGCACAGCAGUGGGACAAGAAGACAAUGAGGGGAUGUUACCUGAACUGAGCCUCAGAACCCGAAGUCCAGGGGAACAUGAAUUAGGAUCUUGAAGUUCUUCAGAAAGACCAGAGUGCGGGGCGGCCCUGAGUCACUCUGUAGCAGUCAUGGAGCGAGAAGAGCCACCCUCUAACCAUAAUGGAAUUGCAAGAUUGCCAAGUUAAGUCACCCAGUUAAUUGUGGCCCUUAA